CACGCGAUUCAUGAGCGGCUUUCGCACGAGACUUAGGAAACCUUUGAAAACUUGAUAUAGCCACCGUUCCGAUGCACUGUUUGUGCGCUGGCCUCAUGAAUAUUAGUCCGGCUGUACGUGGUAUGUGCUUUGCUCUCGAGUUUCGCGGCGAACCGCCGUCGUCGUCGUCGUCGUCACGGUAAACAAGACGCGAAUCGCACCGGCGAUAUUGCAAUCGUACACGUAUAUAUGUAUAAACGAAUCGGUGGUGCGCGCGAAAGAGGAAAAAAAAUAAUCGGCGGUCGAUCGUUGAAUUUUUUCUAUAAGAUCGUUUUGCGGUUCGCUACACAAGAUGGGACCGAGUGCUUCCUUGUCAUUAGUCGCAAUGUUUCAUUUGGUGCGUUCGAAAGACCUUUACGAAAUGGAGACCGAGUACAGCAAAAACAUGCCUCCAGGCAAAGACGUAGACGUAUCCUUGUCCCUACACAUAAAUCGAAUAUCCGGUGUCGACGAAAGUAAAGAGGAAAUAGCAUUGGAUGUUUUUUUACACGUGUACUGGGAAGAUCCUCGAAUCCGGAUUUUGGACAACACGAGCCAGGUGGAGCUGACUUGGGACAAAGAUCCGAGAUUCUGGAUUCCCGACCUGUACAUCAGGCAACUAAGAGAGAUGAAGGUUCUCACGUUAUUCCAGGACAUAGCAUCAAUACGAUUGUACAACAACAGUACUCUCAGGAUUAGCAUUGGAGCGACGAUAAUAAUCAAAUGUGACAUGGACUUCGUACUAUAUCCGUUGGACGUACAGACUUGUGCUGUAGAUUUCGGCAGCUACAAAUAUACGAUGAUGGACAUGAAAUUCCGAUGGAGAGAAGAUCCGCUGAGUUUUCCUAGCGACUUCGGCGAUGGGUUCCGAUUGCCUCGUUACGUCGUAUCGUUUGUCACUGACAAUCGAUCGAAUGUGAUUUAUUACGGAGACGGAAACCAUUCCACGGCCAGACUGGUGAUUACGUUGAGCCGCGAACUAAGGAGUCACCUACUGGAGAGCUACUUACCGAGCACGCUGUUCGUCAUCAUGUCGUGGGGCAGCUUCGUGGUCAUGCCCGAAGUCGUUCCGGGUAGAAUGGUCCUACUGGUCACCACGUUGCUAUCACUGGUCACCAUGUUCGACACCAUUAGACGGCAAAAGCUCAGUGCCCGUCGUCGUCGGCAGCGGGCAAAUUGCGAUUCCAGCUGCUCACCAAACACGUCAUACUGUACUGCGGGUCGCAGAGGGGCACCCUGGACCAGGUGUCGUUGGCCCUGUUCCCAUUGUGCUUCGUGGUGUUCUCCGUCGUUUACUGGAUAUCGUACAUCGGCGAGUCCAGACGGAAAUCGCUGUCGGCCAACGUCUGAAGAGCCGCGCCGACACGUCGUGAACACGCGCGCGAUGUACACGAUUACCGAUGUUAAUAAUGUAGUGCGUAGCUAUGGGCGGACAUCCCGUCGACGGCGAAACUGUAACAAAAUGUACUAUGAACAUUAUCCGGCGAGCGUUUCAGUCGGUAUACGUUGGCGAUUCAUUGGUGAACCAUGCUUCCCUUUCGCGGUUCCCGGUCAAAACUGAUCGCUCUUGACCGGGUAACCGACUUAAUGCUCACAACCUAACCUUACUUUAGUGACAACCGAAAGCAAAUCGGAAACCGUUGUUCCGCUAAAAAAAAAAAAAAAUAGAAUAAAACAAUUUGUAACACCGUUGUAUACGGCGACGUGACAAAUAUUUAUUGCGACCACAGAUGUACACUAGUAUAGUUUAUGUGCGAUCGCGACCGAUUCGGACUAGGUAGGAUUGUUAUGCUAACGUUUUUGAAACCACGAAUAUAAGUACCUACUGGGCCUGAGUAUCAGAAACAUUCUAUCGUGUCCUGGGGGUGAGUGAGGGGGCUGGCGAUGCUAAGCAAGUGCGUACACUGUUUGUCUCCGACGUUAAUAUUGUUCAAAUAUAAUUUACACGUUGAAAUGCGUUUGAGGCGAAUGAUUGUAUGAGUUGAAUCGAUGAAGUACAAUAACAACGAUGAGAGUUACUUUAUAGUGUUCACGAUUUACUAUACAGUUAUGAUUCAUUUCAAUACUUUGUUGUUAGAUUUACGGGUAUAUAUAAAACCAUUCAUUCAGUUUUUUUUUAUUGUUUUAUUUCGCAAUAUUAUAGUCAAGGAGAGAACAUGUUACAAGGAGCGAAACCCUUCCUACGUCCUACUUCACUUUUGAAAUGUAUGGCGGUUAUGAUUUUUCAUAGUUUCUACGACCAGUGCCGCCGCAAACUUUUUCUGGGGUCCCUAGUUUAACAAACUGAACAAACAACCCCUAUAUAUUUUAUCAUUAUUACUUACAUAAGAAUUUACAAAAAUAAAAUACCAAUCCUGCUUAGAAAA